AUGAGUUCUCUUACAUCUGUAAUUCCAAAACUCUAUCAAGAAUAUACUACCAAGACAUCUAAAAAGUUGAAAAUAAUAGACGCCUAUUUGUUAUAUGUCUUUCUUACGGCCGUUAUACAGUUUGUAUAUUGUUGCCUUGUCGGCACCUUCCCAUUCAAUUCCUUUUUAAGUGGAUUCAUUUCCACCGUAAGCUGCUUUGUACUCGGUGUUUGCUUGAGACUGCAAGUUAAUCCGGAGAAUAAAAAUGAGUUCCAGGGCUUGAGUGCAGAGAGAGGAUUCGCAGAUUUUAUUUUUGCUCAUCUUGUUUUGCAUAUAGUUGUUAUCAAUUUUAUAGGUUAA